GGAGGUUCUGGAGCCUGAAGUUUUAGUGGCAGUGGAGGAGGCUGUCGGGAAACGGCAAGAUAAAACAAAUCACAGGGGAAAAAAACCCAGAACAAAUCGUGGAUCCUGUCCAAACUCAAGGAUGUCACUUGUCAGAGUGAACCGUUAUGGUCCUCGGGGAGGAGGAAGGAAAGUGCUGAAGGUAAAGAAGAAGAAAACGUCAGUGAAGCAAGAAUGGGAUAAUACUGUGAAUGACCUAACAGUUCAUCGGGCAACUCCUGAAGAUCUGAUACGUCGUCAUGAAAUACACAAAUCAAAGAACAGAGCAUUAGUACACUGGGAACUCCAAGAAAAAGCUUUGAAGAGAAAAUGGAAGAGGCAGAAACCAGAAAUUUCUAAUCUUGAGAGAAGAAGAUUGUCUAUAAUGAAGGAGAUUCUUUCUGAUCAAUACCAGAUGCAGGAUGUAUUAGAAAAAUCUGAUCAUUUGAUGGCUGAAGCAAAAGAUCUGUUUGUUGAUUUUCCCCGUAGGCGCACAGGGUUUCCGAAUGUAACUAUGGCUCCUGAUUCCUCUCAGGGUCCUAUUUUGGUAAAUCAAGACCCUGUCACUCAGGCCAUUCUUCGUGAAUCCAUCAUGGAGCCUCAGGCUCUUAAUGAAGUAGCUGAUGGUGAAGAAGGAACUGGUAACAGCCAGUCCGAAGAAAGUGAGAAUGAAUUGGAUAACUCUCUAAACUCUCAGUCAAAUAUGAAUGUAGAUAGAUUUCUCCACCAACUAAAGGAAGAUAAUUCUGAGUUAAUUAAUAAACUGUGGACUGAUAUUCAGCAGAAAAUAACAACACAGUCACAAAGCCCUCCAGGAACUCCAUCACCUGCCGCUCCAUCAGGAGAACAAAAAGCUGCUCUGAAUGCUACCAAUGCUGUCAAGAGAAUCCAGACCAGGCUUCAGUCUGAAGAAUCUACUGAGACUCUAGACUCAAGUUAUGUUGUGGGACAAGUGCUGAACUCAAGGAAGCAAAAACAGUUGUUAAAGAAAGUGAAAGGAAAAGUGGAUUCACAUGCUCUUUCCAAGCAGAAGAAGAACGUGUUAACAGCUAGCACAGCCUCCACAGACUUACCAAAUAGCAACAGUUCCAGCCUGGAUGUCCUUAAACACAUGAUAAAUGAAGUGGAACAUGAAAUGGAAGAAUAUGAACGAUGGACAGGACGUGAGGUCAAGGGACUGCAGAGCAGUCAGGGCCUUACAGGCUUCACUCUGUCACUGGUGAGCUCCCUCUGUCGCCUGGUUCGGUACCUGAAAGAGAGCGAGGUCCAACUGCGUAAAGAAGUAGAGACGAGGCAGCAACUGGAACAAAUGUUAGGUGAUCAUCGAGAGCUCAUUGAUGCUCUUACAGCUGAAAUUCUUCUUCUUAGAGAGGAAAAUACUGCUACCCAGGCAAGACUUCAGCAAUACAUGGUCACAACAGAUGAGCAACUUAUAUCGCUCACACAUGCCAUGAAGAACUGUCCAGUGAUAAAAAGCAACAAAGAAUGUCAGGCAUCAGAAAGAGGAUCCACGAGUAGGAAAAUUAUAGACAAUCCCGAGGGCCCUGUUGUAAAUGCUAAUGUCUCCAUGCCAUUGGUGUUCAGAGGGGAAGAAGUGGCUGAAUUCGCACAGGAAGACUUGCCUGUUAAACUGUCUCAGGUGCCAACUCCCACAGAUAGUGUGAAUCUGACUAACAGUUUUCCAGCACAUAUAUUUGAACCGGCUGUGUUGUUAACACCACCCAGGCAGAAGAGCAACUCUGGAUUCUCUCCCUUGCAGGACGUAUUGAGGAGGACUGUUCAAACUCGUCCUGCUCCACGAAUUCCUCCCACUGUGGAAAUAAUUGAGAAGGAACAGAAUUGGGAAAAGAAGACCUUACCUACCGACACAGACAAUCAGAAUUCAAGUGAAGAGAGUCAUCUCUUCACUCAGAGGUGGAGGGUGUCUCACAUGGGGGAAGACCUGGAGAACAAAGCCCAAGCUCCCUUCGUUAACCUCUCACAGCCCUUCUGUAGUUCGCAUUCAAACACUCAGCAGGCCAGAAGCCCCGAGUUCUCAGAAGAGCCCCUGGUACUGGGAGACGGGCAGCAGCUUAGGACAAAUGCAGCAUUAAUACAAAGCAAAGACGUCAUGGCACGAAUUGCUGAGUUGACACUGCAGAAUUCAGCUAUCAAGGCACAUCUGAAUAAUAUUAUCGGGCCAGGAGGAGAGCAAGGGGAUGGAGUUCGGGAAUUAAAUAAACAAGAGACGAGUCACGUGAGCAACAUGACUGCAACUUUUCCAGCAACACAACCUCUAACACCAAGUAGCAUGGAGGAGCGGAUUGCAGAAUUGAAUCGGCAGAGUAUGGAGGCUCGUGGAAAACUCUUGCAGUUAAUAGAGCAGCAGAAACUUAUUGGUCUGAAUCUUUCCUCUCCACUGGUGUCACCCAUUCCAUCACCUCUCAGAGCAUGGACUGAAGGAGGAAAGAGGACAAUUGAAGUAUCUAUUCCAGGAGCUGAAGCCCCAGAAAGCUCAAAAUGCAGUACUGUCUCUCCUACCAGUGGGAUAAAUACAAGAAGAUCUUCAGGGGCUACUAGUAAUUCUUGUUCUCCAUUAAACGCUACCUCAGGAAGUGGGCGAUUCACACCUGUUAAUCCAAGAGCAAAGAUUGAGAAACAGAAUGAAGAAGGCUGGUUUGCUCUUUCUACCCACGUGUCAUAAGUGAAGUUAGUUGUACAGAAUUUUUUUUCAGUAGUAUAUUCUUGAGCUUCCACUCCCCUUUCCCUGCUCCUGCUUUCAAGUUUUCAUGUCCUUUUAGAUAAAACCUACAAAGAUCUUGUAACUUAGUACUUAUGGAACAAAGAAUAAAGAAAUUAUUUGAAUCUUGGAUCUUUUCAAAUAAAUUUCCAACAACUAACCAAUGUACAACCUCCUGUGAAUAAAAUUUUGAUUAUAGGGAAA